GAAAUCGAACGUAAACAUCCGGAAAAGAAGCAUACUGCUAAUAAUUUCUUGACAACAGUCAGAUAUUCAUGUUAAUUGAUCAUGAAGAUUUAUCAAUUAUGAGCAUAAAGCUAUGCGUUUAAUCUAUCAUUUAAAAAGCUAGGUCGACAACAUAGGGAAGGCGGCUUUAAAGAUUAUAAAAAAGAGAGUGCACAUGUCCGGUACAAAGACCGGCUUGUUUGUGGUUGCUCGCCAGAUCAGGCGGACUUUGGACCUAGCGAGGGACAACAUGAGUCUGCUGAAGUGUGGCGUGUUUUUUGCGCUGGGAUGUUUCCUCUCCUACUACCUCGGUCUGUCUUGUGCCCUGACCACCCUUAUUGUGUUCGUGGUGUAUCUGGCCACAGGGGGCUGGCGUUUCACCUGGGUGGUCAUUAACACCCUCCCCAGAGAUUUAAAGGCUCUUCAAGUUUUGAUAAAGCUCAAGCUUGAAACAAAAAAAUAUAUUGCCAAUGACACCACAAUAGCUGAAUUGUUCUCGAAGACUGCAGCCAAAUAUCCAAAUAAAGACUGUAUACUGUUUGAGAAGCAGCGAUGGACGUUCAAGGAUGUGGAAAUCUAUGUAAAUCGUGUCGCCAAUUACUUCCAGGAGGAGGGGUACCAGAAGGGAGAUGUUGUGGCCAUUCUGAUGGAGAACCGACCGGAGUAUAUCUGUUUCUGGCUUGGUCUCUCAAAGAUCGGAGCUGUAGCAGCCCUGAUAAACUAUAACCUCAGAAACCAACCCCUGGCUCAUUCCGUUAUUGCAGCAGAAGCCAAAGGCUUUGUAUUUGCUGGGGAUUUGUCAACUGCUGUGGAAGAAAUAAUGCCUAGUCUAUCAAGAGAAUUAAAGCUUUAUUGUGUUGGAAGUCUAGUCAGUUCAGGACUUUCACCAAUUUUUAUGGAUCCAAUUUUACAGAAAAGUCCAGAUUUUCCUCCUAGGAAAGUCAGGGUUAAGUUUACAGAUAAGCUUUUCUAUGUAUUUACAUCAGGGACAACAGGGCUUCCUAAGGCAGCAAUCAUUAGUCAUUCUAGGUUUAAUUACAUGGCUGUAGCAGUGAACCAGUUUAUGAACUUGACUGACCAAGAUGUGCUGUAUGAUUGUCUGCCCUUGUAUCACACAGCAGGGGGCGUGGUGGGGGUGGGUCAGAUGAUCAUUGCAGGAACAACACUAGUCAUCAAAAAGAAAUUUUCAGCCAGCCGAUUCUGGGAUGAUUGUGUUGAAUACAAAUGUACUGCUGGUCAGUACAUUGGGGAGAUUUGUCGAUACCUUUUGGCUCAGCCAGUGAAACCUACAGAGACUCAACACAAGGUCAGGGUAAUGUUUGGAAAUGGCUUAAAGCCACAGAUCUGGAGGGAGUUCCAGAAAAGAUUUGGAGUGACCCAGAUGGGAGAAUUCUACGGGGCCACAGAAGGAAACUGCAAUACAAUAAAUCCAGACAACACUGUUGGAGCAGUGGGCUUUACAACAAUGAUUGCCCCCUUCUUGUACCCCAUUACAUUAAUCAAAAUUGAUGAGAGAACAGGAGAGCAUGUCCGAGACAGAAAUGGGGUGUGCAUCCGGGCAAAACCAGGUGAACCGGGAGAAUUAGUGGGUAAAAUCGUGAAAGGUGACGCCCUUCGAGAAUUUGAUGGCUAUGUCAGUCAACAGGCUACAGACAAGAAAGUGUGCUCUGAUGUGUUCAAGAAAGGAGACAGAGCAUUUUUAACAGGUGAUAUUUUGAUUAUGGAUGAGUUUGGAUAUUUUUAUUUCCGGGACAGGACGGGUGACACAUUCCGCUGGAAAGGAGAAAAUGUGUCGACUUCUGAGGUGGAGGCUGUCAUCAGUAACAUCAUCAAACUUAGUGACGCUGUAGUGUACGGCGUAGAGAUCCCAGGUUUGGAAGGAAGAGCGGGGAUGGCAGCCAUUGUUGAUGAACACAACUCCUUAGAUCUGGAUUAUCUCUACUCGGCACUACAGAAAUCACUCCCAGCGUAUGCUAGACCUCUCUUCAUCAGAAUCAAGAAAACUGUAGACACAACAGGUACCUUUAAACUGAAGAAGGUGGAUUUACGGAAGGAAGGUUUUAAUCCUAGUGUUGUAAAAGAUCCAUUGUAUUGUUUAAUUUCUGGAAGAUAUGAACGCAUCACGGAGCAAGUGUACAGUGAUAUCUGCAGUGGAAAAAUCAGGCUAUAGUCAACGUUUGUAUUAAUUGGCAGAAACACACAAAUAACAUUAGUGUGUAAUCAAAUGAUACUCAGGAAAUACUUUGGUAUUUCUACAGGAAAUAAAUAUUCAAACUGACAGGAAAGAAAUGUUUUAAUGUAAUUAACUUAUUAAGUGAAUUGUGAUUGAAAACCAACUCUAUCUCAUGACAAGUUGAAUUUUAUUUAUUUUCAUAAUUUUUCUAUAAGAAAAAAAAUGUUAUAAAGAAGCGUGUACAUGAUAUGAGCAUGUGUAAAGUUGUGUAAAGAUUUUGGCUGAGAUUUGCUACUUCCUCAAAACCAAGUUACAAGUAUAAAACCUACAUAUUGACACGUACGAGUUACAUAGAAGUGCUGUUUACUUUCCUUGUAUGUAAUAACAUUAUUUUUCAAAAAUUUUAUUUAAUACAGAUAUUACAUUUCUCACUUGAAUUAAUAGGGUACUUCUAUCAAACUUGUUGACUGUCGCUUAUUUAAAAAACUUGAUUAGGACAAAACUACAUGAUUUUUACAAUUCAAAUUUUGUUAUGUAAUGGUUGUGUGAAUAUACAUGUAUUAAUGUGUGUUUGUGGAAUGUCAGUGAAUGUGUUAAAAUAUAAUAAUGAAAAUUA